AGUGAUUUGAGUUGAGCGGUAUGAGACGCAUGUAUUGAGUGUUGGACUUUAGUGCACAUGGAUUCAUUUCGUGAAUAACUCAAUUGCUCGAUACCAUGGAACUAAAAACGCGUUGAAAAUAUAUAUUUGAAAAAAAAAAAAAUAAAAUAAACAUGAAGUGUCGUGUAUGAUAAUCUUAGUGUAGUGUUGUAUAAUUGAAACUGAAAUAAAAAAUGGUACUGGAAUCAGGGGUACUGCCCCCUCCGCUUCAAUUGUACGCCGCGGCGGCUGCCCAUCUGGCACCGCGACCUCCUUGGGCGCCUUUAUUACAAUUCCCAGGCGCCGCUCAAUUAUUGGGAAUGCACGGAGCGUUUUCGCCGUUGAAUAGACCCAGAUAUCCGCACGGACUUACACAAGUGCUAAGGGCUCCGCCUGGACCACCAAGUGAAGAUAGUGGUAGUGAAACAGUUGGCAAAGGGGGCGCAGGUAGUAGCGGCGAAGCAGAUUCCGAAAGCGCCGCUUCGAAAAGAAGAAGAAGUAGGACUAAUUUCAAUAGUUGGCAACUAGAAGAGUUGGAAAGGGCAUUCAUCGCUAGUCAUUAUCCUGAUGUAUUUAUGAGAGAAGCCCUAGCCAUGAGGCUCGAUCUAAAAGAGAGUAGGGUGGCUGUAUGGUUCCAAAACAGACGAGCUAAAUGGCGGAAGAAGGAACACACUAAAAAAGGACCCGGUCGACCGGCUCACAACGCCCACCCACAAUCCUGUUCCGGUGAACCAAUCCCUCCAGCAGAACUGCGCGCCAGAGAACGAGCAAGACGCAGGAAAAAGCUGCAGAAAGCUCUUGAGCGACAGGCGCGCAAAUUACGCGCCAAAGGCAUAGCGGUCGAUCUCGUAGCGUUAAAAAGGGAAUAUUUAGCGCAAAGGGGCGGCGACGGGGCCGACAGUGAUAGCGAUAUAGACGUUGUUGGUGAUUCGGGGGCGGAGUCGGAGAACUGUAAUAACAGCGAAAGCGGAAGAUACUCGUCUUCGGUAUCGGAAUCAGGCGUGGAUCUAACGGCGGGUUCGCAGGAUGAUAAAAUGCGACGCGCCAAUCCGUUUAGUAUAGAUUCCUUAUUGAAUAAUAAUACUUGAAAGGAUUUCAUUGUCCACUUUGUUGUGCAAUAGUUUGUUUUUUAUUACGCGUACGAUGUUAGUGAUAUUUUUUGUUUUGUUAUUCCAUUUUUUUUACGUUCAUAUUUAGACUGCCGUCGAUUCAAAAUCCAUUUUGAUUCGUUGCGUUCCGUGUAAUUGUUGUUUUCUUGGUCAAAAUUCAAUAACUAACGAAUUACUACGAUCGAAUUUGUCAAAUUUGACUACCUACUAUCCUAGCAUGAUUUCAUUUUCAACAGAAUUUUCAUUGAUAAAAUUGAAGUUAUCGGAGCGGGUUUGUCCUUUGCGAAAACACAUUUUGCUUGAACCUUGUGAAGUCCUGGGAAAUGCGCUUUCAGUCAAAAGUAAUUGACGUGACGAAGGAUGUGCAAGUGCCUGUUGCGCAACGUUUUUUUUUUAUCGAAGAUGAUGCAAAAUCCGCGGAAAUUCAUCGAAAACUAUUCUCCAAAAGACUCAAGCUUAUGAAUGAUGCUGCGUUUUCCGAAAAGGACGAGAUUUAUCACCAAAUUUCAACAAGAUGGAUGCCAAUAUUGAAGUUUGUGUAGAAAUUCACACGCUGGAAAGUUUGCACGCGUCUCCUGAAGAGGAAAUCGAAAGUUUAUUGCUCCGAAUAUUCACCAUAGACAAGACUUGGGUUCACCACCAUAAUCCUAGUGAACGCGCGUCUAAGUAAUGGAGGAAAAGAGAAAAAAAAAGUCCAAAUGAUAUUGAUUUGUAUCUAGAAAAAGAUCUGAUUCAUCAAAUGAAGAAUUACGGAAAAUUUUGAUUCAAUAGUUUCGAUUCCAUCGAAAGCACAGUCGAUAAAUUUGCUUAUAUAGUUUAAUCAUGAAAUGACAGUAGUGAAUGACGUUUCGUUUGACGUUUUCAUUAAUAAUAACAUUAAAAAAAAGAAGAUCCAAUUGUUUUUAGAAGAAGAGAGAAAAAAAGAGUCCAAAUGAUAUUGAUUUGUAUCUAGAAAAAGAUAUAAUUCCUCAAAUGAAGAAUUACGGAAAAUUUUGAUUCAAUAGUUUCCAUUCCAUCGAAAGCACAGUCGAUAAAUUUGCUUAUAUAGUUUAAUCAUGAAAUGACAGUAGUGAAUGACGUUCCGUUUGACGUUUUCAUUAAUAAUAACAUUAAAAAAAAGAAGAUCCAAUUGUUUUUAGAAGAAGAGAGAAAAAAAGAGUCCAAAUGAUAUUGAUUUGUAUCUAGAAAAAGAUAUAAUUCCUCAAAUGAAGAAUUACGGAAAAUUUUCAUUCAAUAGUUUUCAUUCCAUCGAAAGCACAGUCGAUAAAUUUGCUUAUAUAGUUUAAUCAUGAAAUGACAGUAGUGAAUGACGUUUCGUUUGACGUUUUCAUUAAUAAUAACAUUAAAAAAAAAGAAGAUCCAAUUGUUUUUAGAAGAAGAGAGAAAAAAAGAGUCCAAAUGAUAUUGAUUUGUAUCUAGAAAAAGAUAUAAUUCCUCAAAUGAAGAAUUACGGAAAAUUUUCAUUCAAUAGUUUUCAUUCCAUCGAAAGCACAGUCGAUAAAUUUGCUUAUAUAGUUUAAUCAUGAAAUGACAGUAGUGAAUGACGUUUCGUUUGACGUUUUCAUUAAUAAUAACAUUAAAAAAAAAGAAGAUCCAAUUGUUUUUAGAAGAAGAGAGAAAAAAAGAGUCCAAAUGAUAUUGAUUUGUAUCUAGAAAAAGAUAUAAUUCCUCAAAUGAAGAAUUACGGAAAAUUUUCAUUCAAUAGUUUUCAUUCCAUCGAAAGCACAGUCGAUAAAUUUGCUUAUAUAGUUUAAUCAUGAAAUGACAGUAGUGAAUGACGUUUCGUUUGACGUUUUCAUUAAUAAUAACAUUAAAAAAAAAGAAGAUCCAAUUGUUUUUAGAAGAAGAGAGAAAAAAAGAGUCCAAAUGAUAUUGAUUUGUAUCUAGAAAAAGAUAUAAUUCCUCAAAUGAAGAAUUACGGAAAAUUUUCAUUCAAUAGUUUUCAUUCCAUCGAAAGCACAGUCGAUAAAUUUGCUUAUAUAGUUUAAUCAUGAAAUGACAGUAGUGAAUGACGUUUCGUUUGACGUUUUCAUUAAUAAUAACAUUAAAAAAAAAGAAGAUCCAAUUGUUUUUAGAAGAAGAGAGAAAAAAAGAGUCCAAAUGAUAUUGAUUUGUAUCUAGAAAAAGAUAUAAUUCCUCAAAUGAAGAAUUACGGAAAAUUUUCAUUCAAUAGUUUUCAUUCCAUCGAAAGCACAGUCGAUAAAUUUGCUUAUAUAGUUUAAUCAUGAAAUGACAGUAGUGAAUGACGUUUCGUUUGACGUUUUCAUUAAUAAUAACAUUAAAAAAAAAGAAGAUCCAAUUGUUUUUAGAAGAAGAGAGAAAAAAAGAGUCCAAAUGAUAUUGAUUUGUAUCUAGAAAAAGAUAUAAUUCCUCAAAUGAAGAAUUACGGAAAAUUUUCAUUCAAUAGUUUUCAUUCCAUCGAAAGCACAGUCGAUAAAUUUGCUUAUAUAGUUUAAUCAUGAAAUGACAGUAGUGAAUGACGUUUCGUUUGACGUUUUCAUUAAUAAUAACAUUAAAAAAAAGAAGAUCCAAUUGUUAUUAGAAGAAGAGAGAAAAAAAGAGUCCAAAUGAUAUUGAUUUGUAUCUAGAAAAAGAUCUGAUUCAUCAAAUGAAGAAUUACGGAAAAUUUUCAUUCAAUAGUUUUCAUUCCAUCGAAAGCACAGUCGAUAAAUUUGCUUAUAUAGUUUAAUCAUGAAAUGACAGUAGUGAAUGACGUUUCGUUUGACGUUUUCAUUAAUAAUAACAUUAAAAAAAAAGAA